AGAUCUUCCUUUCUACCAUUGGUCGCCGUAAUUUACCCCUCCGUUCAUCACCCCUCAACCCCACGUAAGCAUCAUCGACAUCAUCGAUCCAACUCUAAACCUCCGACGCGCUUGCGGGCGUGAGGAUCCCUCUUUCUCGGAAUAUGAUAAUGGUAUGGGUUCUACACUCGCACCAGCCUCCUUGAUCCCUUUCCCCAAUAUUGUCGAACCAGCAUCAUAAUGUCCGUGCAAGACUUAGAGAAACUCGCCCAAAGACUGGCGAAAGACGGCCCCUACAAGCACGAGAGCACGCCUCGACGCGUGAGAGGGCUGUUCAACGGGGCAUACGCAUUCGACACGAUUCGCGCGCACUAUGUUUGGGAGAUUCCGAACUAUCCACAGUUUUACAUACCUAUCGAGGACUUCACUUCAGACGCCAAGCUUGAGAUAGCUAAGGAGCCAGUGCCCAAAACCGACGGCGGGGCGUCUUUGGCCGUGCUGACCGUGGGUGACAAGUCCACAGUCAAAGUAAUUUCUUUUAAGAAAGGACCUUUGGCCGGGUUGGUGAAGACAAUAUUUGGCGCCAUUGACCAGUGGUUCGAAGAAGAAACACCCAUCUACAUCCACCCCAAAGACCCUUACAAGCGCAUCUCGAUCCUGCCCUCCACCCGCCGCGUGCGUGUCGCGCUGGACGGCGUGACGCUUGCGGAGACCUCUGCGUCGAUCUUCCUCCUCGAGACUUCGCUUCGUCCGCGAUAUUAUAUACCGCCGACUAGUGUAAAUUGGCAUUUGUUGAGCAAGAGCGACACUGAAUCUGGUUGUCCGUAUAAGGGAACGGCGAAUUAUUACAAUGCGGAGGUUAAUGGAAAAGUGUACCGGGAUAUUGUGUGGUGGUAUCAGCACCCUACGAUGGAGAGCGCACCGAUUGCGGGAUAUCUUUGUUUUUAUAAUGAGCGGGUGGAUGUGCAUAUUGAUGGGAUUAAGGAGGAUAGGUAG